GCUAAUGGCUCAACGGAAAUUUGAGGAAAUCAAGAAGGCUAAUCAAGCUGCGGCCAAAAAACUUGUUGAAGAACACUUCAGCUCUUCCUCUGAAGAAGAAGGAGAUGAAGAUUUGGAAGGAAAACAGGGAAAAAUAGUUGCUAAUACAUUUAUAACUUACACUACACAGACAGAUGGAGAUGUAUGUGAAUUAGAGCGAACGAAACAGUAUUUAAAUGAAGCUUUUCAAGCAGGGGCUAUGACAUGCUUAAUUUGUAUUGCUUCAGUGAAGAGAAACCAGGCAGUUUGGAGUUGUUCAGGAUGUUUCUGUAUAUUUCACAUGCCCUGUAUCCAGAAGUGGGCUAAAGACAGCCAGUUUCUGGUAUCUUCUCUGACAGAUGACGAUUUCGGAAGGAGAGAUUAUCCCUGGCCUUGUCCAAAAUGUAGGUUUGAGUACAAACGAUCUGACACACCUAGUAGGUACUAUUGCUAUUGUGGAAAAGUAGAAGAUCCACCUUUAGAUCCGUGGCUUGUGCCUCAUUCAUGUGGCCAAGUAUGUGAAAGAGAAUUUAAACCUCCUUGCGGCCAUAAAUGUUUGCUCCUCUGUCAUCCAGGUCCCUGCCCUCCUUGUCCAAAGAUGGUCACAACUACUUGUUACUGUAAGAAAGCAAAACCCAUCCCUCGUAGAUGCAGUGCCAAGGAAUGGUCCUGUCAGCAGGCAUGUGGGCGGAAGUUGCUUUGUGGACAACAUAAAUGUGAAAAUCCUUGUCAUGCAGGAAGUUGUCCGCCCUGUCCAAGAGUUAGUAGGCAAAAGUGUGUCUGUGGCAAACAAGUAACUGAAAGAAGCUGUGCAAGUCCACAGUGGCGCUGUGAUCAAGUAUGUGGGAAAACCUUGCCAUGUGGUAAUCAUACAUGUGAGCAAAUUUGUCAUGUUGGUGCUUGUGGAGAAUGUCCUCGAUCUGGGAAAAGAUUCUGUCCAUGUCAGAAGUCAAAGUUCUCUUUGCCUUGUACAGAAGAUGUGCCAACUUGUGGAGAUAGUUGUGACAAGUUACUUGAAUGUGGAGUCCAUAGAUGUUCACAGCGUUGUCACCGAGGUCCUUGUGAAACAUGUAGACAAGAAGUAGAAAAGCAGUGUCGCUGUGGAAAGCAUACAAAACGAAUGCCAUGUCAUAAACCUUAUCUCUGUGAAACUAAGUGUGUUAAGAUGCGUGACUGUCAGAAGCAUCAGUGUAAGAGAAAGUGUUGUCCUGGAAACUGUACACCUUGUGAUCAAAACUGUGGACGGACUUUAGGAUGUAGAAAUCAUAAGUGUCCAUCUGUCUGCCACAGAGCCUUUUUUUCAGGGAGUUGCUAUCCUUGCCCAGAAACUGUAGAUGUGAAGUGCAAUUGCGGUAGUACAAAGGUGACAGUACCCUGUGGCCGAGAACGUACCACAAGACCACCCAAGUGCAAAGAGCUGUGCAGUCGCCCACCAACUUGCCAUCAUACAAGUCAAGAAAAACAUCGCUGUCACUUUGGCUCUUGUCCUCCAUGUCAUCAACCUUGCCAAAAAGUGUUGGAGAAAUGUGGUCACUUGUGUCCUGCUCCAUGUCAUGAUCAAGCAUUAAUAAAGCAAACUGGCAGGCACCAGCCUACAGGCCCUUGGGAACAGCCUUCAGAGCCAGCAUUUAUUCAGGCUGCAUUACCUUGUCCUCCAUGUCAAGUUCCUAUUCCUAUGCAGUGUCUUGGGAAGCACGAGGUGAGUCCACUACCAUGUCAUGCUGUAGGACCCUACUCUUGUAAGAGAGUUUGUGGACGAACCUUAGAUUGUCAGAAUCAUAUAUGUAUGAAAGAAUGCCACAAAGUCACUGAAACUGAAGCCUGCAUUGGCAAAAACAAGGCUGGCCCCGAGUGCCUUCAGUGUGAAGAAGGGUGCUCUAAAUCACGGCCAGUGGGUUGUCCUCAUCCAUGUGUUUUGCCAUGCCACCCUGGAGAAUGUCCUCCUUGUGUUCAGAUGCUUAGAAUAAAAUGUCACUGCAAGAUCACAACCCUAUAUGUGGAAUGUAGAAAAAUAACAACAGCUGACGUAAAUGAAAAGAACCGCCUCAGUUGUUGCAAAGAUCAGUGUCCUAAAGAGCUUCCUUGUGGUCAUAGGUGCAAAGAGAUGUGCCACCCUGGCGAAUGUCCUUUUAAUUGCAACCAGAAGGUAAAACUUAGAUGUCCUUGUAAAAGAAUUAAAAAGGAAUUUCAGUGCAACAAAGUACGUGAAAAUCAGAUUUCAAUAGAAUGUGACGCAACAUGCAAGGAAAUGAAGCGGAAAGCCUCUGAGAUAAAAGAAGCAGAAGCCAAAGCUGCUCUGGAAGAGGAAAAACGAAGACAACAGGCUGAACUGGAGGCUUUUGAAAACAGACUGAAGGGUCGUCGGAAGAAGAACAGGAAAAGAGAUGAAGUGGCAGUUGAGCCAACGCUGUGGCAGAAGUAUAAAUAUCAUCUCCUCCCAGUGUGUGCAGUUUUGGUGUUAGUGUUUGCAUGGUACAUAGCCCCUGGUGCGGCUUAAAAUUUUUUGAUCUGUAAAUAUACCUCAGAUUGGAUUUAGACACAUUGUUAAAUUUGGAAUAUUAGGAAGUGUAUGUUGUACAACAUGAUAUGUAUUCACACUCAUCUCUCUGUUCUCUUCCAGCUGUUGUUAGAAGGAUAGAAUGUUAAGCUUUAUCUUAAUAUAUGAGAAGUGGCAAGAUAACAUUGUUUGAUAUUAAAAGCAUGACUGAAAUGAUGAAAUAUUUCAUAAGGCAUAGAUAGUGGCAGGAGAGCAUGUUAGUUGUUCAUUGUGCUUCCUUGUAUUAACAUAGUUGUUUCAUUUACUAUUUCAAACCAACUUACCCUCCCUUCCCCACCCCCCCAUUAAGAUGAAACUGAGCCACAUGUGCAGUAAGAGGAAUAUUUCAUAAUGCUUUGGUUACUUAUUAGAAGGUACUUUUCUUCAUCAUGUAAUAUUGUACUUUAAAAAAGAUAAUUCUCUAAAAGGCCUCUUAAAUUGUAACAUGAAUUUAUAUAAUUAGAUUCCAGAAACUGGCUUAUCAGUUAUUGAAAUAAAUUUUUAUGUAGUAUGUUCCUUAGAGGAAAAUAUUGUUUUCAAAAUAUGCCAGACUGGAUUCCUCACAUGUGGGUAUUUCUAGUGUAAGAAGCUUUCAACUGAAGUCAGCAUGUUUUAUAAAACUUGUGUGUGUCUUUUCAAAGUAAUAAUAAAAGAAAAACUAAUAUUUAUGAGCACUAUGUGCUGAGCACAGGGCUUAUGAGCUUUAUGUACUUUAUUCUCAUUUUUUCUUACCACGGUACUCUUAAGUAGAUUUUUAUCUGGAAAUAAUUAGUUCUUAUGAAAAGCUGAUAGAGAAAUAUCAGUAAGCCAAAUCUGUUUAAAUUGUAAGUCAUUUUAAAUGGUUUUGUUAUUUAAUUUUUGUAUGAUUAAUGUUUUCAUUAAAGUUUUUCAUACCAAAUUUGUAAUCUAGAAUAUUUAUUAUUAUCUGAAAUAUUCAGGAACCUGUAGGUUUAGGCUAGGUAUUAGUAUCAAUGCAUGAAAAACUCCAAAAUUUGAGUUUAUUAUUAGCAAAACAUAGUAAUUGAUAGAUAGUAAAAAGUGGUAGAAAUAUAUUUUAAACAGAAGUACAAAGAAGGAUUUUUAAAUUUUGCUAAAUUUAAUUCAGUGUUUUUUUUAAAUGUCUUGUUGAUUAGUCAAGUAUUAGCUGGUGUCUAAAAUUAAAGGGCACUCGUUUCUUUCUUUAUGGUUUUUGCGUUUUUGAUUUUAGUUUUUUUUACUUUAACUUUCCCAGUUACUUUCUCAGUAACUCAGAGUUACUGAGUUGGUGUUUAAGCUGCUACUCUCAAGACAUUACCUUACUCUGAUCUAAAAUGAAUAUUAGAGAAUAUGAACACAACUUGGUGUCUGCCUGGGAGCCUAUUUUCAUGUAUGCCGGAAUGUUGGCCUAUUAAACAAAUCUGAAGCCUA